GAGCGGAUCUCUGAGCUUGGGCCUUCAGCCGUAGGAAAAAUCGAGUCAAAGUCCCAUGUCGUAGCCAUUAAAAUGGCAAUGCGUAUACCGACCCAGUUCAAUCCAAUAGCGUGUAAUAUAAUCAGUUUAAUAUACCAUCGUUUGAGGUAUUGAACACGCGAGUGGUUAUUGAGAACUUCACCCUUCAUAUCCGUUGUCCAACAUCCCUCCGAGUGAGCGAAUCCACCGUGAGCUCACCGCCGAAGUUAGCCGAGGCUGGAGUGAACGGAAAACGAUCCAAAAUAGAUCGGAGAACAAGAAUUGGAACAAAUUUGAGAAGCACUGGAUGCGCAGUUCUCAAGACCAGACCCGUUAUCAUUCGUACAUCAGCUGCCAACUGCAUUGGUUCAAGGUGAAAAUUAAGAAGCAAUCCUGCUAUGACGGUUUUCAUUUCCAACAUUGCAAAUUUUUGCCCUGAAAAUAGAAGAAAACGUCAAUCAGUGCGCAAAUCAGGGUUGCCAGAUUUUGGCGAUUUAUGGCCAAAACCUGUACAAUUUUAAAUGGGGUUACGUCACGAUCUGGUAACACUGACGCAAAUCCAUCGCUGGAUAUCGUCCUACACGACAGAUUAAAUUGUGUUGAAUGAAUUUGCUGCAUAAUUGUGAAAACCAUUCAAUUAAUCACCAAUACAGUUUCUUGGUCCGGCACUAAAUGGUACGUAAGCAAAAGCAUGUCUUCCCUUUGAAUUUUCUGGUAAAAAUCUGUCAGGAUCGAAGACAUUUGGAUGAGGCCAGUAAUGUGGAUCUCGAUGCGUAUCGAAAGCUUGAAGAGUUACCGUAACUCCUUUAGGUAUGAAACAAGUUUCUGGAUGGAAGAUGAAAAUUACAAUUAACGUCAAUUCUAUAGUCGUUCUCCAUAAUUUGAGGAAUAAAACAAAUAUACGGAGUUGUAUGUCUUCAGUUGAUUUCCGACCGAAUGUGGGCACACCAGGAUACAAUCGCAGACACUUUUUGAUGCAUCGAUCAAGCGAGCCUUCAAAAACGUGAUGGAUCAAUUAUGAAGUGAGUCCAUGGAUCUACGCCAUGGAACUAUGGUGUGUGCAUCAUCUGGGAGAUCGUAUUCAUAUGGGCAGUUGAGGCGAUUAUCUGGAAGAUUUGCAACUUCUUUGCGACGAAAUAGUGUGAGACCUGGGGAUACGUUGGCAGUUGUUCUUCCUAAUAUUCCGGAGUAUGCCAUUGUCGUGUUAGGAGCGAGUGAAGCUGGAGUAAAGGUGACAUUAUUAAACCCUGCGUUUACACCUUAUGAAAUGAGUGUACAAAUUGGGAAGUCAGAAGCUAUUGGAGUAAUUACAACUCAGAAGAAAUAUCCAGUAAUAGUAGAAGAUCUAAAAGGAGGAAAUUCGAUCCGAUUGCCAACCAUUGUUAUUCCGAGUGGGAGCGAGCCCAUUCCUACAGGUGCAAUAAACUUCAGGGAUUUGAUUGAUGAUGGAAUUGAGGAAUUCGAAAAAACUGGAGAACAAACUGGAAUCGAUGAUAAAAAUGAUGGGUUUGUUCUACCGUAUUCAAGUGGAACGAGUGGAUUCCCUAAAUGCGUUCAACUCACUCACAGGAAUAUUGUCGCUAAUUUAACACAACUCGAACAUGUCACAUCCCAUUUCGAUGGAUUCUUGCAAACUCGUGGUGAGCACCAAGAUAUUGUACCUGUGUUUCUACCUUUCUACCAUAUUUAUGGUUUUGUGGCGUGUCUCCAGCUCUAUCUCAGGAUGGGUGGAAAAGUCAUUUGUAUGCCCGAAUUCACAUCGAAAAAUUUACUAGAAGUUCUUGAGAAAAAUAGAACAACAGUACUAAACUUAGUACCUCCAGUAGUUCAACUUAUGGUGAAUGAUGACAGUUUCAAUAAAAAAGAUAUGGCAAGCCUCAAACGUGUUAUAUGCGGAGGAGCCCCCCUUGGACCUGAACUACUUACCAAAUUCCACUCGAAAAUGGGAACCACUAUUAAGCAGGGCUAUGGAUUGACCGAGACCUCAUCGGUAAUAUCAGUAGCGAAUGCUUCGCCUCAGGAGUCUGUAGGCUCGUUAGUGGUAAAUACCCAGGUCCGAAUUGUUCGCAGAAAUGAUAAGUUUGGGCAAAACCUGGGGGCUAACGAAAUAGGGGAAAUUGUUGUGAAAGGACCACAGGUAAUGGCAGGAUACUUUAAAGAUGUGAAGGCCACCACCGAUUGUAUGGAUGGCGAGUGGUUCAAGACAGGUGAUUUAGGUCGUUUUGAUGAAAACGGACAUUUAUUCAUCACUGGACGUAUGAAGGAGCUCAUCAAAGUCAAGGGCUUCCAGGUGUCUCCAGCCGAGCUGGAGGACGUCAUCAUUGGCCACGAAAAAGUCGCAGACGUUGCAGUAAUUGGAAUACCCCACGAAAGACUCGGAGAAGUACCGAAAGCAUUCAUUGUACCAAAACCGAAUAUCAAAAUCACAGAGAACGAAGUAAAACAUUACGUUGCAGAGCGGCUAUCCAAACAUAAACAUAUCGAUCAAGUAGAAUUCAUUGAUGAAAUCCCAAAAAGUGCAGCUGGAAAAAUUCUUAGGAAGGAACUGCAAAAGCUAUAAUACGAAAUUUAUCUACUUUUUAGUAAAAUCCAAUACAAAUGGACAAUGAAACUCACCAGUCCAAUUUUCAUCAGUUAUCAGAGACAAUUGGCAGUAUUUGUGUUGUAUUUAAGACUAAACAAUGGGCCCAUUCGUGAAUAUCCUUACGCAUAAAUGUUUUGACAGAAUCAAUAAACUCGGUUCUGGCCUAAUUCUCUUUGUCGGGUUUUCCAUAAAGAAAAUCUGCCCUUCCCCCUUCCAGAAAUGCUGGAAAAUCACCGAAUCUUUCCAAAUUUUCAACAGCUUCUCUCAACAGAACUUUCUGGGUGAUAUUCGCAAUACAAUGAUGGAAUUAUUACGUGACAGGCAACCAGCACCAGUAGUCCCGUUAGCUCCAGUAGUUCCACCGGUACCACAAGUUCCACCAAAACCAGCGGUUCUA